AUGUCUUUCAUGACUGCAACAAGCUAAAAAGAAGAACAAAAAACUAGGACCAAGAUCAAACUGGCAGCUAGCUAGUGAAAUAUUGAGAAAGAGAGCUAGAAAAGGGGUUCAUCAUCAGCAGUUAAUGGGUUUUUGGGUUCGGAUUCUGGCUCUUUCGGUCGUCUGCCUUUUUCCAGCGUUGAUCGAGUGCAGGGUUCGUCAUUACACGUUUAGAGUGGUGACGAAGAAUUCCACCAAACUCUGUUCAACAAAGCCCAUUGUGACUGUAAAUGGGCAGUUCCCAGGACCCACCCUUUAUGCUAGGGAAGAUGACAAUGUGCUUGUGAGGGUGGUCAACCAUGUCAAAUACAAUGUCACCAUCCACUGGCAUGGGAUUAGGCAAAUCCGAACGGGUUGGUCAGAUGGGCCAGCAUUCAUUACUCAAUGCCCUAUCCAGCCAGGGCAAAACUAUGUGUACAAUUUUACCAUCACAGGCCAAAGAGGCACACUGCUUUGGCAUGCACAUAUUCUCUGGCUAAGGGCGACAGUCCAUGGUGCCUUAGUCAUCUUGCCUAAGCGUGGCGUGCCAUAUCCCUUCCCAAAGCCCCACAAGGAAGUCGUUGUUAUAUUAGCUGAAUGGUGGAAAUCAGACACUGAAGCUGUGAUCAAUGAAGCUCUAAAGGGUGGAUUAGCACCAAAUGUCUCAGAUGCGCAUACCAUUAAUGGUCAUUCAGGGCCAGUAGCCAAUUGUUCCUCACAGGGUGGGUUCACAUUGCCAGUUGAAAGUGGUAAGACCUAUUUGCUACGUAUAAUCAACGCUGCGCUCAAUGAGGAGCUGUUCUUCAAGAUUGCUGGGCACCAGCUCACCAUUGUGGAAGUGGAUGCUACGUAUGUGAAACCAGUGAAACUUGACACAAUAGUGAUUGCCCCUGGCCAAACCACUAAUGCCCUUAUAACAGCUGAUCAAAACUCUGGCAAGUAUUUGGUAGCUGCCUCUCCAUUCAUGGACUCCCCCAUUGCUGUGGAUAACCUCACUGCAACAGCCACUUUGCAUUAUUCAGGCACACUUGCUAAUGCCCCCACAACUCUUACCAUUCCACCUCCACAAAAUGCCACUGCAGUUGCAAACAAAUUCAUAACCUCCUUAAGAAGUCUUAAUUCGAAUAAAUACCCUGCUCGGGUCCCAUUAACAAUUGAUCAAAAACUGUUGUUCACUGUCGGUUUAGGGAUCAACCCUUGUCCAACAUGCAAAGCCGGGAACGGAAGCAGGGCAGUGGCUAGUGUCAACAAUGUCACAUUUGUUAUGCCUACCACUGCUCUACUUCAAGCACAUUACUUCAACAUUUCUGGGGUGUUCACUACAGAUUUUCCUGGUAACCCACCAAUUGUAUUCAACUAUACCGGCUCUGGACCAUCGAAUUUACAGACCACUAAUGGCACUAAGGCUUAUAGGCUGUCUUACAAUUCUACGGUUGAACUUGUCCUGCAAGACACUGGUAUCAUUGCCCCUGAGAACCAUCCAGUCCAUCUUCAUGGCUUUAAUUUCUUUGCCGUUGGUAGGGGACUAGGGAAUUACAACCCAAACACAGAUCCACAAAAUUUUAACCUUGUUGAUCCUGUGGAGAGGAACACAAUUGGUGUGCCAUCUGGUGGAUGGGUAGCAAUCAGAUUUCGCGCAGACAAUCCAGGAGUUUGGUUCAUGCACUGUCAUCUGGAAGUGCACACAUCAUGGGGGCUUAAGAUGGCAUUCUUGGUGGACAAUGGCAUAGGACCUAGUCAGUCGAUUCUACCUCCUCCAAGUGAUCUUCCACAAUGCUAAACCGCCCAAAAUAUUUAUUACCAUACAACAAGUAGGGAGAUCUCCAAGUCGAAAAAGAUGAGGGAGAGACUGAGAUAACAUGAUGGGGGAAGUGGAAGACAAAAAAGAGGAGGCGUAAAACCAUAGCUAAUUAAUAAACAAGCGAGAUCUAAUAAUUAAAUUGUUUUAGUGUAAUUGGAGAGAAAUUUCCAUACAAGUGUUUGAAUAAAAUUGUACAAGCAUUCUAAUAUGUUGGAAUACAAUAUCUAUUUAUAUA